UCCCUUCCAGUCUUGCACAGGUGUAUCGGCUCCUCCCUUUCAGUCUUGCACAGGUGUACUGGCUCUUCCCCUUUAGUCUUGCACAGGUGUACCGGCUCCUCCCCUUCAGUCUUGCACAGUUGUACUGACUCCUCCCUUUCAGUCUUGCACAGGUGUACCGGCUCCUCCUCUUCAGUCUUUGCACAGGUGUACCAUCUCCUCCCCUCCAGUCUUGCACAGGUGUAACGGCUCCUCCCCUCCAGUCUUGCACAGGUGUAACGG